AUGAGUGCGGGAAAUCAAGAUGCGAAACUCUUUGCUAGGGUGAGUGGUCCAACCUCUCCGACAAACUCCGCCAUGUUCGCUCCUAUAUUCUUGUACGACUAUGGCUUACCAGCGUUUCGCAAUCCACAGGGCAAAGUCGCCGAACUGCGACAAGAGCUGCAGGCCACUGGAGGCAAGAAAGACAAGGGCCAUCUUGGGAAGAAGAUUGCUCUCAAGAAGAUUGUCGCCAACAUGACUAUGAGCAACAACGACAUGAUUGCCCUGUUCCCUGAUGUUAUUCAAGUCAUGGGUCUCGCAAGUCUGGAGAUCAAGAAGAUGUGCUUCCUAUACCUUGUCCACUACGCCAGGAUAAAGCCCGAGAUCGCUCUCAAGGCUCUGCCUCAUCUUGACAUGGAAGACACCAACCCUUUGGUGCGAGCCCUCGCUCUGCGAACAAUGUCAUACAUUCACGUUCGCGAAUACGUUGAAGCUGCCGUCACACCUACGAAACACCUACUACGGGACUCGGACCCAUACGUGCGCAAGACCGCCUGCUUCUGUGUGGCCAAACUGUACGAUCACGACAAGACUCUGGUGGAAAACUCGGACCUGAUCACUGGAUUGAACAACAUGCUGAGAGAUGAGAACCCUACUGUAGUCUCCAGCGCUCUGGCAUCUUUGACCGACAUCUGGGAGAGGAGCGAAUCCAUCAAACUCACCAUUGACUACAACAGUGCUUCCAAAAUUGCAUCUAUCCUGGCAGAAACGUCCGAAUGGAACCAAACUUAUAUUCUUGAAGCUCUUAUGAAUUUCGUCCCUCAAGACUCGGGCCAGGCUUCAAUGUUGGCCGAGCGCAUUACUCCUCGCCUUUCUCAUACAAACUCCGCAGUCGUCCUGGGAUGUAUUCGCCUUAUUCUCUACCUCAUGAACUACAUCGCAGACGAAAAAGUAAUCACAGCACUAAUGAACAAGCUCUCACCGCCGCUUGUAACACUACUCUCAAAAGGCCACGAGAUCCAAUAUCUGGCAUUGCGAAACGCUCUCCUGAUCUUGCAAAGAAGACCCGACAUUCUGAAGAACGACAUCCGUGUUUUCUUUUGCAAGUACAACGACCCCAUCUACGUCAAGGUUACGAAGCUCGAGCUCAUUUUCAUGCUCGCGACUCAGGACAACAUCAAGGAAGUGUUGGCUGAACUCAGGGAGUACGCAACUGAGAUUGAUAUUCACUUCGUUCGAAAGUCUGUCCGCGCUAUUGGAAAGCUGGCCAUUAAGAUCGAACCAGCUGCGCGACUCUGCAUCAACACACUCUUGGAGCUUGUUGCGACCAAGGUUUCGUAUAUCGUGCAAGAAGCGACGGUAGUCAUUCGCAACAUUUUCCGCAAAUACCCCAACCAAUACGAAUCGAUUAUCAGCACGCUAUGUGAGAACCUCGAUUCCCUGGACGAGCCCGAAGCAAAGGCUGCUAUGAUCUGGAUCAUUGGACAAUACGCCGACAGAAUUGACAACAGUGAUGUUCUCUUGGACGACUUUUUGUAUACAUUCGCAGACGAGCCGCACGAGGUGCAGUUGGCACUUUUGACAGCGACGGUCAAGCUGUUUAUUCAAAGGCCUAAGAAGGGACAGGAUCUGGUACCGAAGGUCUUGAAGUGGGCUACCGAGGAGACAGACAAUCCAGAUCUCCGUGACCGAGGCUACAUGUAUUGGCGAUUGCUCUCCUCGGAUCCUGUAGCCGCGAAGCAGGUUGUCAUGGGCGAGAAGCCUCCGAUUACUGCAGAAACAGAAAAGCUGGACCCGUUCACCUUGCAAGAAAUGUGCUUGGUGGUAGGCUCUCUCGCAACCAUCUACCUGAAGCCCAUCAAAUCCGUUUUCCGCUCUGCUCGUCCACGAGUCAUCCCAGAAAGUCCUGCAUUGCAGAAGCACAGACUACCUAGCCACCAAGCCAUGUUGGAUGCGCAAAAGCAUUGGACGGAGAUGACUUCGAUGGCUGGUGCACAACAACGACAGAAUGGCAACUCUAACGGCGACCUUGCCUCAGCGGUCGAUGCAGCGGAUGUGUACUUCUCCACCAUCGGAUCUCAACAGAUGGCCAACAUGGGCUUGAAUGAUGAUGGCUACGCAUCACCAGUAACCGGAGAAGGAGCUCAGACCAUGUUUGUCGUGAACCAGAACCAGCCACAGCAAGUCUAUCAGCCUACUGUGGGAAACGGCAACGGCGACUUGUUGAGCUUCUAG